GCAUGCUCACUGGAAGUCCAAUUGUUGCUAAUGGCGGGUAUUGUACGAAACACGCAAGUUUUACGCUAUUGUUUGCCAUCCGGUUGUGUUAUUCUGUAGUAGCGUAUUUCAAAUUAUAAUCGCUCAAGUUCCGAUUUAUUUUUCGAGUAUAAAAACAACGAAGGAGCGGGAUAACGGUGCCGGAGGAGUUGAAACUCUUAUUUUUAACAUGAUCAUGUGGCGGCAGUGUGUUAACUAAUAUGUCAAAAGUGAAAGUGGACAGGAAGACGGCGUGCAUUUGAGUGGAGCAUUAGCUUAACUGCUGGCUAUGCUAACUCACAGAAACGUCUGUUUUACUGCUCCGGUUUAUGCAAUAUUGAACUUAAUGAGACAAAGAAAGUUAAGCUGGUAAAUAGACGUAGUGUCCCAUUCAUUCGACCCUUGCUUGGGCUCUUAACAAAUCUCCGGAGUCGGAAAUGAGUGUGGUAAAAUUAUUAUUGUUAUUUUUUAUAACCGUCACCCGGGUUUACGGUUCGUCGAAGCUAAAUAUUCCCAAAGUGUUGCUUCCACUUGCGAGGAGCACAAGAAUUAACUUCACACUGGAGACGACUGAAGGCUGCUACAGAUGGUCUUCCACCAGACCCGAGGUCGCAAGCAUCCAGCCUGUGGAAGAAGAUUCGGGCAGAGACUGCUCUCGGAAGGCUGUCCUGCAGGCUCUGUCCACCCAGCCCUCCAGGCUGACCAGCAUCAUUUUAGCUGAAGAUGUUGUCAGUGGACAGGUACUUCGCUGUGACGCUAUCGUUGACAUCAUCAGUGAGAUCCAGAUAGUCUCUACCACGAGAGAGUUGCAUCUCGAGGACUCUCCGCUGGCGCUCCAAAUUCAUGCACUGGAUUCUGAAGGAAACACUUUCUCCACCCUUGCAGGUCUGGUGUUUGACUGGACCUUGGUGAAAGAUGUAGAUGUGAACGGAUUCACAGAUUCUUACAAUUCAUUACGGGUGCUUAAAUUCUCAGAGUCCACGUACACUCCUCCUGGAUACAUAUCUGAAAUGGAGCGUGUGGGGAAACAAGGCGACAUUAUUCUAGUGUCAGGACUGAAAACGGGACAUGCUAAGUUAAAGGCAAAAAUACAAGAGUCUCUUUAUAAGGAUGUGGGUGCUGCUGAAGUGCGACUACUGAUUUUAGAGAACAUCCUGUUGAGCCCUGCACAUGAUGUCUACUUACUGGCAGGAACGUCCAUCAGAUACAGAGUCCUCAAGAUAAGACAAGGCACCAUCACAGAGCUCUCUAUGCCGUGUGAUCAGUAUGAACUACACCUUCAGAACAGUGUGGUUGGUCCCAAUGGAAACCCAGAUGUCAGUGUGGCUUCUCUUCAUCAAAGUACAUCCAAAGUUACCGGAGUUCAGCUGGGGCACAUCAAUGUGGUGUUGGAUCACAAGAGCCUUCGAAUGCAGGGAGUGUCUCGCCUACCCAACAGCACGCUCUACGUUGUUGAGCCAGGCUACCUCGGUUUUAAAAUUCAUCCAGGAGAAAGCUGGGUUCUUGAAACGGGCAGAAUGUACGAUAUUUUUAUUGAAGUGUUUGAUAAAUCCGGGAACAAAAUCUACCUUUCCGAUAAUGUCCGUAUAAGCACGGUUUUCCCUGAGGAGUAUUUUGAAGUCCUGGAGUCUUCCGUGAAUGGAUCAUAUCAUCACAUCAGAGCCCUCAAAGAUGGCCUUACUCUGAUUGAUGCUACCCUGAAAGCUGUUGAAGAUGAAUAUGGAGUCCACGCGUUCACCAACCCAGUACACAAUGAACAGGAUGUGGAAAUUUAUAACCCCAUAGUCCUUACUCCUGGUAUUCUCACAUUUCCAUGGCAACCAAAAGUUGGAGCAUAUCAGUACACAAUAAAGGCGACAGGUGGAAGUGGAAAUUUCAGCUGGACUUCAUCAAAUACAGCUGUAGCCACAGUGACUGUGAAAGGAGUGAUGACCACAGUCAGUGACAUCGGUGUCACUGUAAUUCAUGCUCAUGAUCUACGUAACCCGCUGCACUUUGGACAAAUGAAGGUAUAUGUGGUUGAGCCUGUUGCCAUGGAUUUUGCUCCAUGUCCGGUAGAAGCCCGGUUGGGCCAGGUUCUGGAUCUUCCCCUCAGGAUCUUUGGGUUGCUGGAGGAGUUGGAGAUGGAGCGAGUGAUGUUGAGUGACUGCUCCCACUUUGAUCUGCUGGUCGAGGAGGAGAACCAUGGAGUCUUUGAAGUGUUAGAUGGGAGGCUGGCUCCUGGCCAGAAGCACUGCAGUGGAGUGCGAGCCAAGGCCCUGACUGCUGGCUACACGGUGCUUACUGUCAGCUACACUCAUGGCAAUGUGCAUCUCAGUGCCAAGAUCACUGUUGCUGCCUACCUUCCUCUCAGAGCGGUUGACCCUGUGUCUGUGGCUGUAGUCACGCUUGGAUCCUCCAAAGACAUGUUGUUUGAGGGAGGACCCCGUCCUUGGGUUUUAGAGCCCUCAAAGUUUUUCUGUUCUUCAAGAGCCGAGGAUGAGACCAGCGUGAGCCUCAGUCUGAUUAGUCCUUCAUCUCACAACUAUAAUCAUCAUUGGCUUAGAGCAACCUGUAGACUGCUAGGAGAACAGGUGCUGGAGGUUACGGUGGGGAACAAGCCCACUGUUACAAAUCCAUUUCCAGCUGUGGAGCCGGCGGUGGUCAAGUUUGUUUGUAUACCUCCAUCACGGCUCACUCUGGUUCCAGUUUAUACCAGUCCACAGCUGGACCUGACCUGCCCUCUGCUGCAGCAGAAUAAACAAGUGGUACCCGUUUCAAAUUAUCGUAACCCUGUGUUGGACUUGGCAGCUUUUGAUCAGCAAGGAAGGAAGUUUGACAACUUUAGCUCUUUAAGCAUGUUGUGGGAAUCAUCAAAGGGUUCACUAGCUAGCAUUGAGCCCACUAUGCCUAUGGAUCUUCAGCUGUUUGAGGAUAGCAAAAAACAGAUGAAACUUCAUGGACGACAGACAGUUCUCGUCCAUCAAGAGACAGGAAUCGCUACUAUUACUGUGACCGCUCUUGGAUACCAGGUUCCACAUCUAGCAGCUGCCAAAGUUCCCAGUCCAUAUGAACCUUUGACACCUGUCUCUGCCACACUGGAGCUUCUGUUGGUUGAAGAUGUAAAGGUGUUUCCUGACACCGUGACCAUAUAUAAUCACCCAGAUGUGCGGUUGGAUCUAACCAUGCAAGAAGGUUCUGGGCACUUUUUUGUGAACACCAGCGUGAAGGGGAUUGUAGAUGUGGUACUCCAAGAGGACCAAGCAGAGGCCCAGGUUUCUCCAGUCCGUCCAGGCACAGUUACUGUGAUGGUUCAUGAUCUUUGUCUGGCUUUUCCAGCACCUGCCAAAUCCACAGUUCAUGUUUCUGACAUCCUGGAGGUUAAUGUGAGAGUAGUUGACAAGGUGGAGAUUGGCAAAUCUGUUAGAGCUUUUGUCAGAGUGUUGGAUGAUAAUAGGAAGCCUUUCUCAGCCAGCUAUUUCCAGUCCAUGAAUCUCAAACUCAAGGCAGCUUCUGUGAUAGUUUCUCUAAGUCCUUUAGCAGAGCUGACAGAAAGCCAUACUGCAGUGUUCCUGGUGAAAGGACUCUCCAUCGGCCAGACCACUCUGGCAGCUGUUGUUGUGGAUAAAAAUGGGAGAAGAAUCGCCUCUGCACCACAGCAAAUUGAGGUGUUUCCGCCUUUCAAGCUUAUUCCCAGGAGAAUGACUCUGUUAAUUGGUGCAAUGAUGCAGAUCACAUCCGAGGGUGGCCCUCAACCUCAAUCCAACAUCCUGUUUUCCAUUUCUGAUGAGGAAAUAGCUGCUGUUAAUGCCAUGGGCCACGUCAGAGGAGCCUCUGUUGGGAAUGUGACUGUAACGGGAUUAGUCCAAGCUGUUGAUGCUGAGACUGGGAAGCUUGUGGUCAUAUCUCAGGAUCAAGUAGAAGUCGAGGUUGUUGUUCUGACAGCCAUUCGAAUCAGAGCGCCAGUUACAAGAAUAAAGACAGGAGCACAGAUGCCAGUUUAUGUGAUGGGGCUAACCAAUAGUCAGACACCCUUCUCCUUUGGCAGUGUUUUACCUAGUCUCACAUUUUAUUGGUCCACCACCAAGAGAGACAUUCUGGAUAUCCACUCCAGGCACACUGAGGCUAAUGUUGAACUUCAGCCAGAACACAAGUUUGGCAUGACUGUGACAGGAAGAACUAGAGGCCGAACUGGGCUGAAGGUGGUUCUCAGAGUUUCUGACCCAGAUGGACAGCAGCUAGAGGGAAAUGUGCAGGAGCUUAGAGAUGAGAUCCAGAUCCAGGUCUAUGACAAGCUGCACGUGAUUAAUCCUCAAGUAGAAGCUGAGGAGAUACUGUUGGCUCCAAACUCGGCCCUCAAACUCCAAACUAACAGGGAUGGGAUGGGUGUACUCUCCUACCGGAUGCUAGAUUGCCCUGACCAGCUUGUUGUUGCUCAAGUUGACAAUAAGGGCUUCCUCUCAUCUGGUUCUCUCACUGGGAUAUCUUCUCUGCUAAUCACCUCGGAGGAGAUUUUUGGUGUCAAUCAAACUCUCAUCCUUACUGUGAAGGUGGUUCCUGUGUCCUAUGUCCGUUUCAGCACCAGUCCAGUGCUCUACACGCUCACAAGAGACGGCCUGAACGCCUUUCCUCUGGGAGUACUGCUCACUUUCAUUGUCCACUUUCACGCUAGCACCGGAGAGGCCCUGCACAGCUCAAACUCCCAACUUACAUUUUCUACAAACAGAGAUGAUCUGGUACAGGUGGGAGUCGGCCCCACUAACCACUCACUGACAGUGAGAACUGUCAACGUAGGUCUCACACUUCUUGCUGUGUGGGAUAAUGAAAACAUGGGUGUGGCAGACUAUGUUCCACUUCCUGUUGAGCAUGCUAUUGAUAUGGAUGAAGCCAACAAACUGGUUGUGGGUGAUGUGGUCUGCUUCCAAGCAAAGUUAACAAACCCAGAUGGUGCUUAUGGAACAUGGAGUUCCUCUGAAAGUGGCGUUCUCCAGGUGGACCCUAAAAGCGGGGCAGCUGUAGCCAGAGACUCUGGGACAAUUACUGUGUACUAUGAAAUACCUGGUGUUCUGAAAACGUACAGAGAGGUGAUUGUGGAAGCGCCUUCUAGAACAGCAGCUAUGGCCCAAUCUUCCCCUGUCAGGUCUGGAAAGGAGACAAAAGUCCUACUUACGACCAGAGAGAGAGGAACCAACCUCAUCGGAGCUUGUUCACCUACCCAGAUAGAAGCUGUUGCAAAGCUUCAGCCAGAGAAAUCUGUAAGUUGCCAUCUCAGCUUUAACAGCGACACUAUUGACUUCUCUGCCAACGAUGUCUUCAAAACACACACAGGCUUUGACUCCAGCAUUGGUCUCUAUACAUGUUCUAUCACCUUGCAGCCCAUGACUGAACAACAGACCCGUGUGCUUAGCGUGUCCAUGACCAACCUGCUGGUGAAAGCAGACCUGGUUGGCACCGUUUUCACUGGAGAACAAGUUGGCACCCGGCUGCCCAUAGAGCCGGGCCUUUACUCGGACCAGACGGAGCUGCUGCUCUCCAACCUGCACCCAUCUGCUGAGUUCACAGUUUAUGGGCCUCCCACUGUUCUGUCCAACAUGGAGGUGGUCUCUACUUCUCCCAGUGUUACCGUCCAUGAGAAAGAGGUCCAUCAAGGAUUCCCCAGCUAUACAAAGUACACUGUUAACGCUGUGGACCUUCAUUCAGCAGUUUCAGCUUCUGUCUCCUUAAGCAGCUCUUCUGGCCAGAGUUUGGUCAUCCCAGUCAGUUUCAUUCAUGUUGCUGAUCCCAACGCUGCCAAACAAGCAGCGGCCCCUCUAGGUGGCUUCAUGGAGGACGGCCACUCCUUCCACAGCUUCAUAAACUCCUACCAGAUGAUGUUCUGCACGUUGUUCGCUCUGCUGGCGGGCACAGCUAUCGUCAUCAUUGUCCUGCACUCUUUGCUGUCUCCAAAGGAACAAUCAUAUCACCCAGCUUUCAUCCACAGGACACCUCCACCCGUCAAUGGUCAGGACUCGCCCGUAUCGAAUUCUUUCAACCGCAUCACACCAAGAUUUAGUCCAAACAGCUCUUAUAGGUCGCAGCUCUAUUCUCCAGACUACAAGUCCUGAUUGGGCCCUCUGUUCUUCGACAUGUCAACAACUCAGGCCAUUAAUAUAUGAAUAAUGUGCCUCUGAGUCGCAGGAGGAAAGCUGUGUGAUGUCGCAGGUCAUCUGCUUUCAGAUGUUGGUACAGAAAUGUAAAAUAUAACAAAAAUUGAAUAUAUCAGUUAAAAUUGAUGCAGAAUAAUUGCAGGGCUCUUUGCCUUGUUUUUUUCUUUGUGUUUUAUGUUUAAGUGUGAUGUGCUGUUUGAAUAUGAAGAAUAUGACGUGUGUGGAACUAUACAAACUCUGCUGUUUUGUUCUGUUUUGCUGCCCCAUUAAUGACUGAAAUAUUUACAAAGUGUUUGAAAACCAAAUCAUUUGCUUGAGCUUGAAAAGUUCUACUUGGUGUUUGAUAUUAACUUGUGUGCCGCUUAUAUUUGACAUGUGAAGGUCUGUAACUCAGGAAAAACCAUAUCCAUUGUCAAGCAACAAGCUAAGUUGAUUUAAUUUUUUGACCUCAGUUGGUCGUAGCUAUAACUGUCGUUCACUGAAUCCGUCCUUAAAAGACGCUGAACCCUCCAAAUGUGUCAAACUCCAACUAAGUUGGUCUAAUUUCCGUCUCGGGCAUUUUUUAAUUAUUAUUUAAACGUUCUGAUGUUUGAGCCACAUUGUAUGCAGCUCUUGUUUGGUUUGUUAAUGUGAAACAGUUUCAAAUGUGAACCAUCAUUCAGAUUGUAUCUGUCUUUACAAACGCACUCAAAUGUGACUUGGGCUCAUUUUGAAAAAUGUGACUGACUGUUUCUCGGCAUUUCUAGAAAGAUAACUUAUAGCAGUGUUGAAAUGCAGAUUCAUCAAAGUGUGACUUGGUUUUAAGUGAAAUUCUGGUAUUGGAUGCUUAUUGACAGGAGUGUCUUUAUGUUGCUUAUCUAAUGUCUAUGAUUGGCAGUUAUGCUUUCAUUCAACUCUGAACAAAUUUCGGCACAUGAUUGAGAGAAGUUUAUUUGCUUGUGUGAGAAGAUGCUUGUAUUUGCUAAUUACAGAUUUUACUGUUUAUGUUGA